AGCUCGCUCACUAGAUUUCUUUUUUUUUUUUUUUCCGGGAAAAUUCGAUUUUCAUUGUGAACUAUUCCACUAAACAGUAAAACCCCAUGAUUGAUCCGCGAAUGCAAUUCGGAUGAUUUGGAUCUGAUUGUUUUUUUCUUUUCUGGGAACAAGAGAAAAAGAUGGGGAAAAUAGCCGUUGCAGCUAUAACGAGCUUAUGGGUGAUUCCAAUGUCGAUCAUCGUCAAUCACAUUGUUCCGGAACCUUACAUGGACGAGAUAUUUCAUGUGCCUCAAGUCCAGCAGUACUGUAAUGGGAAUUUUAGGAGCUGGGAUCCAAUGAUCACUACCCCACCUGGAUUGUACUAUAUUUCGCUAGUACAUGUUGCUAAUUUGUUUCCAGGAAUAAUGUUGAUGAAAAAUACUACUCAGUCUCAGUCCUUUGCUGAAGCUUGUUCUACGUCUGUCCUACGGUCUACAAAUGCUGUUUUUGCAGUAUUGUGUGGAGUUCUAGUGUAUGAGAUAAUCAGUUUCCUGGGGCCAAAUCUCAGUGAUAGAAAAGCAACUUUUAUGGCGGUAGUUAUGUCGCUUUACCCUCUCCAUUGGUUCUUCACUUUCCUCUACUAUACAGAUGUUGCCUCUCUAACUGCAGUUCUUGCCAUGUACCUCGCUUGUUUGAAGAAAAGAUAUAUGCUCAGUGCAUUGUUUGGCACUUUAGCAGUUUUUUUCCGACAAACAAAUGUAGUCUGGAUGCUUUUCGUUGCUUGCUCAGGUGUAAUAGACUUCACUCUUGACUCAACGAGGCAAAAAGAGAAAGAAAAAGUAAACCAAGAAUUGCUUCAGGCGAGUGAUAGGGAAGGAGCAACUCUGAGAUCAAAUCUUAGAAAAAAAAGACCUGAUAGCAGUUCAGACCAUUUUAACCACGGUAAAACUGUCUCUUUUACAGAGGAUACUUCAGGCCUACUCUAUGAUACUUAUGCUGUGAUUUCAACAUCUUGGAAUAUGAAAUGGAGGCUUUUGGUCAAAUUUAGCCCUUUCAUCGUCGUUGUGGUACUGUUUGGUAUAUUUAUCCUCUGGAAUGGGGGUAUAGUCCUCGGUGCAAAAGAGGCUCAUGUAGUUUCACUACAUUUUGCGCAGAUAAUGUAUUUUAGUCUUGUCUCUGCUCUAUUCACUGCUCCUCUACAUUUCUCAGUAGUUCAACUGAGAAAUCUGUUUCAAAAGCUCCAUAGAAAUUGGCCCUUAAGCAUGCUACUUAGUCUUGUAGCUCUAAUAGCCGGAUUUGCCUCUGUACACUAUUUCAGCUUGGCUCAUCCAUAUCUUCUGGCCGACAAUCGCCAUUAUCCCUUCUAUCUAUGGAGAAAGAUUAUCAACUUUCAUUGGUCAAUGAAGUACAUGUUAGUCCCGGUUUACGUCUAUUCUUGGUUCUCAAUCCUAACUUUAUUAGCGAAAACUCGAAGAGAUAUCUGGGUAAUGGUCUAUUUCUUAGCAACAUGCGCUGUUCUUGCUCCCACGCCAUUGAUCGAGUUCAGAUAUUACACCAUUCCGUUUUACCUCUUCAUGCUUCACUCUUGUGUCAGAAGCAGCAGCUUCACCGCUUGGCUUCUCAUCGGAACUAUUUUUGUCUCUGUUAAUGUGUUUACAAUGGCAAUGUUCUUGUUUAGACCGUUUAAGUGGAGCCAUGAGGAUGGCGUCCAAAGGUUUAUAUGGUAGGGACAAAGAUUUAUUACGCUCAUUUGAUGUAACCAGCUGUUAGGCCUAAGAAACUGGUGAGUUCAUGAUAUUUUCUGUUGUGCUAAAAACAUCAGUUUUAAGGUUGCUUUUAGUAAAACCGAUUGCAACAGUUCCGCA